AAAAAACCAAGGUAAAAAAAUAAUACAUGUCGAUAUUCAUUUUUUCAAACGUCAAAUUAUUUCGUAGAAAUUCAAUAGUUUUGUAGCUUUUUCUAACAUUUUUUUCCUGUAAUCUAACCCAUUUUACGCAACUGUGUUUUUGUAUAAGUUUUUGAGAAAUCAUUCACUUCUCGGCCGAUCGCGAACCUUAAAAUUUUCAUUUGCUUGAUGUUGGCUUUCUGGACGCAUGCGCUUACGUCAUACUAGUGAAUCAUCAAGCGGUUUGCAAGGCGCUGGUUCAGUUUGCUGCGGGCAAUUUUUAAUCUGUGAUCAUCCGUUUAUCCGCAGGUUUAGUGCAGUUCGCAAGUCUUUCUUUUAUACGUAUAUAUUUUGAUUAUCGUAUGUCCAUCCAGAAUCUAACCACAUUCGACCCCUUUGCUGAUGCAAGUAAGGGUGCUGAUGAUGAUGUUCAGGACGGGCUUGUUCAUAUAAGAAUACAGCAACGAAAUGGUCGCAAGACAUUAACUACGGUGCAGGGAUUAUCGGCUGAAUAUGACCUGAAAAAAAUUGUACGAGCAUGUAAAAAGGAAUUUGCGUGCAAUGGCACAGUAAUAGAGCAUCCAGAAUACGGUGAAGUCCUUCAACUACAGGGCGACCAAAGAGAAAAUAUUUGCCAGUGGCUGACAAAGAGCGGACUGGCAAAGCCGGACCAACUAAAGGUCCAUGGCUUCUAAUGACUCAUCAUCUAAUUGAGAUCAAUCGUAAUAAUUAUAAUAAAUUAAAAGAAACAAAAAAAGGAAAAAAAAUAAUAACAAUAUCACCUCCGCUAUUUAGUUAAAACUAAUAAAACAAAAUAAAAUAAUAACCGAUCACAACUACUCGAAAAAAUAAUUAAUAAUAAAUAAAAAAAGGAAAUCUUAGUUGUAGUAAAAUGUGCGUCGAACCCGUAUUUUAUAUUGUGCCUUUCCAGACUUGUGUUGAUGGGGUUUUAAACAGUAAUCUUUUCCAUGUUGGCAGUAUAGUUAUGUUCUAACGGGACUCAAUAAAUAGAUAACUCUGUGCGAAAUGUCGUUUUAUUUCGGGUAUUUUUAUAGUGUUAAACUGUGCGAAUAAAAUGUGUCGAUGAUAUCGA